AUGAAUUUUAACGCAAGAAAAACAUUCAAGCUGGCUCAUUCAAUUUUGAAUAGCUAGAGGCAAACAGCCAGAAUGGCUACUAGUGUUCAAGGAUUGGCAUUCUAGCAGAUGUAAAUGAGCAUGAAGAUGUCAGGAAAUAGUUUAUUAAUGGACGGUAGUGCAAUCGAAGAAAGUUAGGGUAAUAGCUUGAUAGAGGCUAGUGAGGAAGGAGACGAUGAUACGUGA